AAUACCGGGUACAUGACAUAAUGCUUCUAACAAAAGGUAUGUGCCAUUAUCGAUGCAUUUCAAGCUGCUGCAUAUGUUCUUGGUCUCGAAGGUUUCCAAACUGCCAUCGCAACGAUUAGGGGUCUCGGUUAUGGUUGGGUUGCAAACUAUAUUGAAGAUAUCCCUCCCGAAAGCUGGUCAAAUGCCUUUUUUCAGGAUUGUAGGUAUGGAAGGACAUCUUCGACUCUUGCUGAAUCCUUUAAUAGUUGGAUGAAGGUACACAAGAAGCUCCCUUCAAAUGCUCUUCUGGAUCAGAUAAGGAAUGAUGUGAUGAAGAUGAUGUCAAAGAGGAGAAAUACUGGUAAAAGUUUCAUAGCAAUUCGCACACCAAAGAACGAAGCUAAGCUGAAGGCUCAUAUUGAUGAAGGUUUAACCUGGAUGGUUAUAAAGUCCGAUGCUCAUGUUUGUGAAGUAGAGGGCGGGGAGAGUUCUCAUAGUGCUAACCUUGAGGCAAAGACAUGUACCUGUCAGAGGUGGCGCGUCUAUGGGUUUCAAUGUGUGCAUGCUUUUGCUUCUAUAACAAUGAGGCCGCCAGGGAGACCACCAGCUAAUAGACAUUUGAGCAGUUACGAGAAGCCUCCCAGGAUAGCUAUGCGAUGUAGUAAUUGUUGUGAGAUUGGUCAUUGA